AUCCUUCCGCAUGGGUAGAGCGAGGGGAACGCCUCCAGGAAAAGAAAUUAAAUGCACACACACACGGGCGCACAGAGACGGACGACUUGAAAAUAUUCCAGAGAAGGCGAUUUUGUGCUCGUGCAGCACAGCGUGGCGUGGAAAGGCUGCCUGCAGAGCUGGCUGGCACUGGUUUAUUUUGUUGCAAUAUUUCCUUCCACCCCCAGCUCUUCACCCAGUGGAAUGAUACCCAGAGCAAGUUUUUUGAGACAGGAAGUGAGGAAUGUUUUCACUAUGAGUGAUCUGAGAAGAAGGUGGGUUAGUCGAGAUAGCAGCUGUGCGGUGCGGGAGGAGCACAGUAAGGCAGUACAGGAGUACAGAUGAGAUGGCUCCGCCAGAAGACAUCUCGGAGCACUGUGGUUUUUCUUCAGCUGCACAUAUGUGAAAGGAGGCUCGGUGUCUUCAGAUCACAGCAAAAGGUAAUGGGAAAACGGCAGGCAAACUUAGUGGGAUUCCAGUGGAUGCCCCCCUACUUGUGUGUUGGUGGAAAAAUUGCUUACCUUUAAUGGAUACUGCUGCUGGUGGUUGAUUGUUGGAGACUUUACAGCUCCUUACUGUUUGAGAGGAAACUGCUGCUUUUCCUCUCUCAAGUCCCUGGUAGUGGUAGCUUUUUAUCUCCAACCAUCGGUGUGGGAAAGAAGAUGCCUCUGCCUUUUGGGUUAAAAUUGAAACGAACUCGACGCUAUACAGUAUCCAGCAAGAGUUGCUUGGUGGCUCGGAUCCAGCUACUCAAUAAUGAAUUUGUGGAGUUCACACUAUCUGUGGAAAGCACAGGCCAGGAAAGUCUGGAAGCAGUGGCUCAGAGGCUUGAGUUGCGGGAGAUAACGUAUUUCAGUCUGUGGUAUUACAACAAGCAGAAUCAGCGCAGAUGGGUAGAUUUGGACAAGCCUCUGAAAAAGCAGCUGGAUAAAUAUGCCUUGGAACCAACAGUGUAUUUUGGAGUAGUGUUCUAUGUGCCUACUGUUUCUCAACUUCAGCAGGAGAUUACCAGGUAUCAGUAUUAUUUGCAAUUAAAGAAAGAUAUCUUGGAGGGCAACAUUCCUUGCACAUUAGAACAAGCAAUACAUUUGGCUGGUCUGGCUGUUCAAGCUGAUUUUGGAGACUACGAUCAGUAUGAAUCUCAGGAUUUUCUACAAAGAUUUGCUUUGUUUCCUGUGGGUUGGCUACAGGAAGAAAAAAUAUUGGAAGAAGCGACACAGAAAGUUGCCUUACUACAUCAGAAAUACAGAGGCCUUACUCCUCCUGAUGCAGAAAUGUUAUAUAUGCAAGAAGUGGAGAGAAUGGAGGGCUAUGGUGAAGAGACCUAUCCUGCAAAGGACAGCCAAGGGAGCGACAUAUUCAUUGGAGCAUGUCUUGAUGGUAUCUUUGUGAAACACAAAAAUAGCCGGCCUCCUGUUGUAUUUAGGUGGCAUGACAUUGCCAACAUGUCCCACAACAAAUCCUUUUUUGCAUUAGAACUUGCAAACAAAGAAGAGACAAUCCAAUUCCAAACGGAAGAUAUGGAAACAGCAAAAUAUGUGUGGAGGAUGUGUGUGGCUAGACACAAAUUUUACAGACUAAAUAAAUGCAGCUUAGAUUCCCUGGACUCUCCACCUGAGGAGGGCUCUCAGAAAUCUUCACUCAUUCUUUCCCUUCCACGCUUUCCAAUCCUUUCUCGUCCUUCACUUCCCAAAGGACAAACACAGCCCAUUACAGUGAAUCCUGUUAGAAGGCGGUCUUCUUCCAGGAUGUCUAUGCCCAAGCCUCAAGCUUAUAUGAUGCCUCCACCACCUCAGCUGCAUUACAAUGGUCAUUAUACUGAACCAUAUGCAUCUUCCCAAGAUAACCUCUUUGUGAGCAGUCAGAAUGGAUACUACUAUCACUCUCAGACUAGCUUGGAUAGAGCCCCUCAUGACUACAGUGGUCGAAUCCGCAAUGGUAGUGUCUAUAGUGCGCAUAGCACAAACUCCUUGAACAACCCACAACAUUACCUGCAGCCGUCCCCCAUGUCCUCUAACCCAAGCAUUACUGGGAGCGAUGUCCUCAGAACUGAUUAUAUUCCAUCACAUAGACAUAGUGCCCUAAUCCCACCAUCUUAUCGGCCCACACCAGACUAUGAAACUGUGAUGAGACAACUCAAUAGAGGAAUGGUACACACAGAUAGGCAGAGUCAUUCAAUGAGAAAUCUUAACAUCAGCAAUACAUAUGCUUACAGCAGGCCUGACGCCUUGGUUUACAGCCAACCUGAAAUACGAGAACAUGCCCACUUCACUUCCCCACAAUCUAACCAUUAUCCAUUUAACCUGAACUACAGUUUUCAUAGCCCAUCCCCCUAUCCCUAUCCUGCUGAGAAACGCCCAGUUGUUGGGGCAGUCAGUGUGCCUGAAUUGACAAAUGUGCAGCUCCAGGCUCAGGAUUAUCCAGCACCAAAUAUAAUGAAGACCCAAGUCUAUCGACCACCUCCCCCAUAUCCAUAUCCAAGACCUGCAAAUAGUACUCCAGACCUUUCUCGACAUAUCUACAUUAGCAGCAGCAACCCAGAUCUAAUCACGAGACGAGUUCAUCAUUCUGUCCAGACAUUUCAGGAAGACAGCCUGCCUGUGGCACAUUCUCUACAGGAAGUCAGUGAACCUCUAACAUCGGCGCGCCAUGCUCAGCUGCAGAAAAGGAACAGUAUUGAAAUUGCAGGCUUGACUCCCAGCUUUGAAGGAAUAAGAAUAAAAGAGAGGACCAUGUCAGCAUCUGCAGCAGAUGUGGCUCUUCCAAGAGUUAUUUCAGAAGGGUCACAGCCCAACAUUCUGAUAGAGAGAACAAAGCAAAAAGAAAAUGAGCAUGAUGAAGGUGUGAACUGUGAUCACAAGAAAACCCUUUCAGAUGCCACUAUGCUGAUUCACAGUAGUGAAGAAGAAGAAGAAUUUGAAGAAAACAAAGCUAGUACUAGCCUCUCUCCUCUUCCUGAAGAUCAAACCCAGCUUUCAUCCAUUAUCGGUGGCUAUUCUCAUGAUUCUGUACUCAACUACCCCUAUAGCUCAGUUGCUUCAUCUACUGGCCCUUUGCAUAUUCUUGAGCCUAAAUUACAUAUUUCAGAAACGGAAAAGAGAAUGAAAGAUGUAAGUCCAGUUCAUUUACUAGUAGAAAACCAAGUACAGAGAAGAGGGGAAGGACUGCUUACUCCAUCUAUGUCAGAAUCUGACCUUACAACAUCAGGGAGAUACAGAGUAAGGAAGGAUUCAGUAAAGAAGAGACCUGUGUCCGAUCUUUUGUCUGGGAAGAAGAAUAUUGUGGAAGGCCUUCCCCCACUAGGUGGCAUGAAAAAGAAUAAAACUGAUGCAAAAAAAAUAGGGCCUCUAAAACUUGCUGCCCUAAAUGGACUAACUUUGGCUAGAAUGCCUCUGCCAGAUGAGGGGAAAGAGGAAUCAACAAGAGCAACAAAUGAUGAACGGUGUAAAGUUCUGGAACAACGGUUAGAGCAGGGGAUGGUAUUUACUGAAUAUGAGCGCAUUCAGAAGAAAAGGCUUAUAGAUGGUGAGUGCUCAAUAGCUCGGCUUCCUGAAAAUGCUGAGAGAAACCGGUUCCAGGACGUCCUCCCUUAUGAUGAUACCAGAGUAGAACUAGUCCCAACCAAAGAAAAUAACACGGGUUACAUCAAUGCAUCUCAUAUCAAGAUCUCUGUUGGUGGCAUAGAGUGGGAUUACAUUGCUACACAGGGCCCUUUGCAGAAUACCUGUCAGGAUUUUUGGCAGAUGAUCUGGGAACAAGGGAUUGCCAUCAUAGCUAUGGUGACAGCGGAGGAAGAAAGUGGGAGAGAAAAAAGCUUCAGAUACUGGCCACGUCUUGGCUCCAGACACAACACUGUAACAUAUGGAAGAUUUAAGAUAACCACACGAUUCCGUACUGACUCAGGCUGCUAUGCAACUACGGGACUGAAGAUUAAACAUCUUCUCACAGGACAGGAGAGAACAGUUUGGCAUUUGCAGUAUACUGACUGGCCAGAACAUGGCUGUCCAGAGGAUUUAAAGGGAUUUCUCUCAUACUUGGAAGAGAUACAGUCAGUGCGGCGCCAUACAAACAGCACUGCAGAUCCUAAAAACUCUAAUCCUCCUGUGCUGGUGCAUUGCAGUGCAGGUGUGGGACGAACAGGAGUGGUCAUAUUGUCAGAGAUCAUGAUAGCUUGCUUGGAACACAACGAGAUGCUGGACAUCCCACGAGUGCUGGACAUGUUGAGGCAUCAGAGAAUGAUGAUGGUGCAGACUCUUUCUCAGUACACUUUCGUCUAUGGAGUUCUCAUUCAGUUUCUCAAAAGUUCUAGACUUAUAUAAUCCCUGCCAAUUCCUAAGGGACGCUGCAAGAGUUUACAGAAAGAAAGCUACAGUUGUGCAGGCAGACCUGCUUUCACUUUUUUUUUUUUCUUUCUUCGUAUGAUGAAUCACGCAGUUAACUUGUAGGGCUGGUAUGUGGCUGUUAGAUACAAGUCAGUGUAGCAGUACUAGCAAAGCAGGAUCUUCACUGGACUAAAUUCUUCCUAUGUUCAGCUGGAGCCAAAUUAGGGAAUGAUUUUACUUGUACUGGUUCUUAGUACUUGUACACAUUUUUUUAGGGUUGUUGGGAAAAUAAAUUUCUAACGGAAUGGAAAUACAUGGCACAACUUAAUAACUUUUUUUUUUAACAUUAUAAUGAACUGUGCAAAAGCUAAAAUUUGUCAGUGCACAUGAGGAGAGAAAACUGCUUCUUGGGGAUGUCAAGGUCUUACACAGUUUCUGCUUUCAAUUUUAUAUUUAGACAAAAAACAUCUAUAUUUUUUUUAAAUGAAGUUUUGGUUUCCUCUGGUUUACUUAGCAGAACUAGCAGCUCUCAGAUACUUUAAGUUGUUGCUUUAGGGGCAGUUAUUUUUCUAUUCAGCUUUUUUUUUUUUUUUAAACUUUCAAAAAAAAAGAACCCACCCAACUUUUAAAACACUAAUGUUUUUAGAGAAGAUUAUCUAUGCUUGAACUAAUUUCUUAAAAAUUGUGCUUACAGUUCUAGUGUAAUAUGUAGUAACAGAGUGCUGUGUAAUAGAACAAGUGAAAAAUCAUGUUAACUGUUGAUAAUUUCCAUUUGAGUGGAGGCAUGUUUGCCUAUUGACUUGUAGACUACAGGCAGGGAAAAAAUAAUAUAAUUAUCUACAGAGUUCUUGGUAAUAAACAAAUGAGAGAAAGUACAUAUUCAGUAUUAUUCAAAAAUUUAGAGGACAGUUUGAUUUUACUGGCUGAAAUCAAAGUGGAUGCAAAUAUUUUAAGCACUUUUUUGCUCUGUUAUUUAUGUAGUUAAACAUAGAAACUAUAAUCAUAUAUUGUUUCAUAUGGUAAUAUGCUGUUACUAACCUAUUAUUUGAGGAAGAGCCUUUAAAGUUGAUGAAGUGAGAGAAGCAAAAUUGGAGUAAGAAGGUGCGUAGUGGUGAAGAGGAAAUAGUGGAGAUGUGGCAGCUAUGAUUGCUGGUUUAUGCAUGGCAAAGAUGACCAUUAAAAAUAUUUAUAUUUCCAGUCAGGAAAACCUUUGAAGCACCGGAAUUUUCUCUAGAAUCCUUCAGAUUAUUUUGUCAGCAGUAGAACAGAUUUUGCUAAUGCUGUGCAGCAUUGCAAUGAAGGAUGUUCACAGGAGCCAUUUGAGAAUGCCUGCAGAACGUAAGAACGCUAAGAGGUAACACUGGAGAUGUAGGUAUUUUAGUAACUGUGUAGGUUGCAGAGUAAAUGGUUGCAGCAUAGAUGUGAAGAUGUCCUACCUCUGGUAGGUUCUGUCUUGUCCCUGAAUAGCAUGGGUCUGGUCUGUUGACAGUAUCCUGAAUAGUUCUGUCUCUGUGUUUUUAAAAUGAGGACGGUGUGGUUUUGCCUACUUUUGGAGUGUUUUGACCCUAUACCAAAGUGAGCUAACUUGUUUGUAGACAUCUAGUGUAAUUUCCAACAAAAAAAACUAUGGUAGACAAGUGUGUAGGUACAUCUCAGUAUCCAUUUCCCACAAUACUUGCUUAACAAAAUGAAAUGAGUCCAUGAGAUUUUUUUCCACUGGUGAGAUGUUGUUAUUCCCUGAGUUGUGACCAGGCUUUGGAAGCUAUUAUGAAGCAUUAUGAACCUCUCCUCUUGUGAAACAAUGAUUGUCCUCUCAAAACACAGAUUAAUAAAUGUUUUGUCAAUUUCCUUUUUAAUAAGCUGUUUCCAUAAAGAUAAACACAAGGUCCAAAUGACAUUGUGCUAAUAUUUCAUUCCAUAAAAUAUGUGCUACUUUAAAAUACACUAUAAUAUUCAACUAGUGCAUUUGGUCUUCUUUCAGGCAGUCCGAAUUGUUCUACCCUCAGUAAAAAAAAAUAUUGAAUAUUUCAAAUGGAGGGAAAAAAAAUGCCUAGCAAGUAGUAACUGCCAAACAUAAAACUGAGUGGAAUAAUGUCUUAUUCCAGAGAAAUAACCUGGAAGUUAUUGAAGACUGAUUAUUCAUAUAGUCUUGCAGGCAAACAAGUUUGACGUGUAUGUGUCAACAGAAACACCACUGAAUGAAGCAAAUGUAUUUGGCUAUUUGUGCUAUCUUCUGUUAUAGAAACAUUGAUUUGUUUUUCUUUCUUUUUUUUUUUUAAACCACAGUUUCUGAGUGAAUAAUGUAUGCUCCAGAAUGUAGCUUUUACCAUUUCCAAAGUUUGAGCUGUGAUCUUUGCAAUGUGAUGCAUGUGCUUUUAAUGAAAUUGUAGGUGACCAUAACUUUGUGCAACACUUUCCGCCAUUCAGCAGCUCUUGGGACAGAAUGUCAGGUAUGAGGCAUUAAAAAAAAAAAAAAAAAGCAAUUUCAUUCCAAACUUGUGAGAUAGUUUCUGAGGUGGCUGAGGAAGCUUUUCCCUUCCAUUUUCUUCUCCGUCUUUCUGAGAGGAAGUGAGAUCACUUUCAGAGGUGUUAGCUCUCUAACCUGGUAGUCACAGUCUGUUUUUUUAAAAGCAGUAACACUGCUACUUCCUCCACUUCAGCUUUUCAGUCUUUCCACUUGUAGUGCAUUUUUGCAUUAGUAAGACUUGACUUUCUAUGAACCUUCCUAAUGAAGGUAGCAGGCUUGUUCUUACAUAUAAGCAUAUGGUGUCAAGCGGGCAUUGAAAACAAACAGUUUCUCUUCUGGAGAUACCAAAAAAAAUAAAGCUCCGCAAUCUCCUGUCACAAAACUAAUUUCAAAAAUGUUUAGAUUUUCAGAUAGCUUUUAAAAGAACAUUCAGUUUUUAGCACUUUCUUGUUCUGAGCCUUUAAGGGGAUGCUUUGUACAUGCUGUUGUGCUGGAUGCUUUGUGAAGUGUGGGACUUUAUAAGAAAAUUUGUGGCCCAAAUCCAGUCAGAGCCUGAGUGGAAAUUGGAUCCUUCUGUCAAAAGCUUAAAAUUGUUAGUCAUUUUGCCAGGUGUGCUUCUCUUACUAUGGGAGAGAAACCAGGUAAUUAUCAUGUAAGAUUUGAGCUGAACUUAUUUAGUAGGAAAAACAACAUAAUGCUGAUCUCUAGGAAUGCCAGAGUUCUCAGGGAUAAAUAAAGGUGCUAUAUUACUAUCAAGAGACAGAUGUGAGCGUCUUUUGUGGUCUAGGUGGUAAAUGCUUUCUUAGGAUCAAAUUCCUCAAAGAGUCAGGAAAGGAACCAAUAGAUUGCUGUAGGGGCUUCUGCACAUUUGAUUUCUGUCUUGUUUGCUCUGAAGAGAGAUUUUUUGGACAGGGAAUCCUUGUAAUCAUGGGAUCCCAGAUCUUCUUUAAAAACGUAAUUAGCAGCCCUGUUGAUUGUGAAGAUGACACUUAACAGGCUUUGCUGUCAACUGCAGCUCACUCUUCGCUCAUUCUUUGAUGGAGGAGCUCCAUGCUACCUGACAGUUUUGCACUGCUUCUCUGCAGCCCGCAAAACAGUGAUCCCCUUUUUCUGCUGCACAUUGGAAUGCAGUCUCCAUGAAUAGCAAAAUUAAAGGCCUUGAUAUUGCUCUCACUGUGAUACCAUUUGCACACAUGAAUGGUGAAAACUACAACUGCAUAGGAAUGUAAUAAAAAAUAGAAGGUUGCGACCUUCAGAGAUGUUGAGUCGUCUUUAAGGUCCCUUCCAACCCAAGGUAUUCUGUGAUUCUAAAAUAAAUGCAUACUGGAAUGGAAAAAUUCUUUGCAUUUUGAGAAAGUAUGCAUUUUUUGUUCCUCUUUAAAGUGUGUGACACUUAAAGCACUUUUCUCCAAAAUACUUUCUUAAUUUUAGUAACUAAGGCUACCAGAGGCUGCUGGUACACUUAUCUUGUUGGAAUCUUUGUUAAAGUUGAGUGGCUCAUAGUUCUCAACAGCCUCUGGACCAAACUUGGGAACUGCGUGGUGGUUUGUCUCAUAAGCUAGCACUGUAAUGAGACCUCGGUUUUAAUACCAGUACUGUUACUAAAACACUGCAGUUAAAAUAGUGAACUUGUUACUAUGCUACAAUGGUUAGCUCAAGUUAUUAAUUUAAAAGGAGCAACAGAUCAACUGAUAAUAAUUCUUUGCUUUAGGUAUUUAUUGUUCUAUUUUCCUUUCCAGUACAAAAAACACAUGCAAAGCCAGAGCCCAAUCCCUCAAGAGGUAAAAGUUCUGCAGUUCUCGUGAGUGGAUUAAGUAAUGCUUACUGCCAGUGAAAGCCCUUAAAAUGUGAAUAUUCACAUCUACUUUGAAUUUAAAUAUAGAUUGCAUGAAUUAAUCAAAAGAAUGCAUCAGGAAUGUGCCUACAUGAAGCUAGAACAUUACAAGGAAAAGUAGCUGAGAUGACUUGGAAGAAAUUCUCUUGUAAAAGUACAAAAUGUUAGAACUGGAGAGUGUGGAUUUCAGGAAUGGCUUGAAGGCAUUUGGAGGAGGAAUUGGAACAUUUUGUAUCCACAGUGGAGCCGCUAGAAGGGUUUGAUUCAUAUGGUAUGUUUUUUUUUUUAAUUACACAGUAGGGUAAGUGAGCAUGUAGUCAUAGGUGUUAUUUCUGCUGACUUUUUAAAAUGUGAUUUUCGAAGCUCCAAAUAUUAUUUCAGAAGCUCUGUUAUUUUUAAAUAUACUCUUUUCCAAACAGAUUUAGUGCAAUCUGUCACCUCAGCUUCUGUUUGCUUACUAAAGGUCAGAUUUUAAGGCCGCAGUCUCAGGUUUUUGGCGUGCAAGCUGAAGGCAAAGGGGCGUAUGUGCAAAUUUGUGCUGAUAAUUUGUAAUGGAUGCAGAUUAGAUUAUUUCAGAGUUUAAAUGAUUUGUGAAUGCAGCCAGCUGCUUACUGUAGGUAUGAACUGGAUCGAGCUAUGGCUAUGCUGAAAACUGGGCCUUUGAAUUGUGGAAUUUGGCAUAUGCUUACAAAUAUGUUACAUUGUACCAUUUGAAGUACAGUGCUAAUAAAACUUCAGAGAAUCUCAAAUGUGCUAGGCUAUAGGAAAAUAUCUUAAACUUCAACAGCAACAGCUGUUGCGAAUAUGGCUGUAAAAAAGAUUUCUUACAAAGAUCCUGUUGGGGACCAGCUAACUUGAUGUGUUUUGCUGGCAUCAUGUAUGUUCCUUUAAGGUCUACAAGGACUGAAAAAAACAUUCUUCAUUUCUAUGUGCAUUUCAAAAAAUGGCUGCUAAAUGACCCUGGAUUCUAUUUGCAGUUUUCCACGUGAUGCUGCGUUUAGUGGUAAAGAAUAACCUCCAGUACAUUUGUUACUUAGAAGCCCAUUUUUCAGCUCUAAUUGGGGAGUUAAGACAGAAAUCAAAUGCAAAAAUCUAACAAAUAGAGUUUAUAACAGAUGCAGUGUGUGGCAAGUUAGAGAGCAAGCCUGUAGAUACUGUGGUUUUACUUUGUUUCUAGACAGCAGUCAAAACUACCAAAUUACUGCUUUUGUGAGCACAAUUUCAGAAGGCGCCUUUUGAAACCUUUUUAAAGGGAAUUUAAAUGCAGUUUUUCCAUUUGGAAAUGUUUAAGUAAAAUUAGGAGAUGUGGAAGUAUUUAAUGACAGUUAAGUUUUAGAAUGAUAGGAAACACAAUAGGAAAAUAGGUCCUCCAGUCUGUCACCUUGCUUAUCCUGGAUGAUUCUGGCAGACAAGGUGUAUAUGCUGUCCCUUUACAAAGAUACCUUCUCAAGUUCCUUUGAAACACCCAAACUGUUUGUCUUCUUUAUGACUCAUCUGGGAAGACUCGGAUGGAAAUUUUAGACUCCAGCUUGCAAAUCAGUAGGUAGGUACCCUCCUGCACACUGCUGAAAUCUCUUCACCCAGUUGAAGCAAGUAGGUGUUUGAAGUCCUUUCAGCAGUUUUGUAGGGCUUAAUGUCAGACGAAUGCAGGAUCUGGCUCAGUUUUCUUCUGUUUUUGUUUGAGCCAGUAUGGAAGGAUUUAAAUGAGACUUUAUUUACAGUAGCAACAUGAAUUUUUGAGUAUUAUUUUCUAGUACAAAGCUAGUGGUUAACACAUCUAUUUUUGCUGUCUUGCCAUCAAUACUGUAAAAAUCUAUAAUCAAAACAGCUUUAAUUCUUGUAAAACUGAAAUUGGUUUGUAAAACAAUGUAAAAAUUGUGUUUCAUAGACAGAAAAGCUUGUAUUACUGAAUGUAAUAUAUGUGAAAUGAAUAUAUUAUAGUCUAUUUUUGCCAUGAAAAAUAAAUAUUUGAAGCAACGAUGCAGUUUUAUUGUUCCAUUAUUAAAAGAAAAAUCAGUGCUGUGUGUUCCAGUUUGGAACUUGGCCUUCUGUGCAAAAAGAUGUUAUCCCUCUUUUAAAGCUCUGUGAGUAAUGCCCUGGUUUACAAUAUGAAGAUAAAAACUUCCACUGGCAGGUACUAAUUGUUCUCAUCUUUGAGGUAGAAAAGUCACACGUCUGCCAACCUAACAUAAUUUUUUAAUUUUUUUCUUUUUUGCAUCUUAUAAAGCCAUUCUUAAUAUUGAAUAUUCAAUUUCCCUUUAAGCAGAGCUUACAGAAGUUGAAAAGCCUUUUCCAAAAGCCCAUGAGAAAAGAACAUCGAUUAUAUGACUUAAUGAGUAAUAUUAUUUACUUAGCAUUAUUGAAGCUGCUACCAAUACUUGAUACUGAAGUUUUUGUUUUGUAAUUGAUAUUUAGUCAAAAAUGGAAGCACACAAACAUAAAAGGAUGUACUUCACACUGGACACUGUAAUUGCAGACCAGGCAGUUUCACAUCCACUGUCCCUGCAGAAUGCCAUAUGCACAGACUCAAUUAUCAGGAAAUACUGGGCUUUUAAUUAAGAUUUGUAUUACAGGUAUGCUCUACUUGGUGGCAUUAACGCACAUAAGGUAAAAUAACAUACGUAUGUAUGUAACUGUCUGAUCAUUUCCUAAACCCUGAGGAAUGUUCUGUGUGGGCAAAGCACUCUUUUUGGCAUGGGGCCAGAAUCAAAAGAGCAGCCUGUUGUUUAAGUCCAGAAUGGCUGUAGAUAGAUAAAGAUUACGUGAAGCUCAGCAAUGCUCAAUACCUAGCAGGGAGUUUGAUGUCUGACAGUUUCUCUGUUCAGGAUAUAAUGACGUUCUGGUAUUUUUUUGCUGUUGUUUGUUUGUUUGUUUUGGUUGCUGUUAUAUCCACUGCUUUUCUUUAAGACAUCAGUGAUGGCAUAUAAAUGUGUUUUCUCUCUUCCACUGUUGUUCUGAUUGUUGUCUGGAAGUCUGGCUUCUGCAUGAGGACAGCAGCUCGUAGCACUGCAGAAAAAAAAUUGCCAGGCUACCUACAGCACCCAGAGGACAACUGAUGAAUGGACACCAUUUGUGAGUAUGAUGGUGACUGCAUGUAUGCAGGUACCAAAAGGAGAACGGUGUUGCAGAGUUGGAGGUGAGUGAGCACUGGAUGUAUGAUGGAUGCUCAUCAGCUCGGCACUAAGCAAGUUACCUUGUGUUGCUCUGGAUGUCAUUGGCUCAGUCUGGCUCUUGGACAGGGUGAACCUUCUGCAUUUGAGUGAUGGCAGUGUUGUGGUUCUGGUGCUUAGGGAAAUGAUUGUUCUGGUAGUUAAAGGCUAGUUCUGUCAUUACUACAAUUGCUUUGAACCUAGCCUCGUUAAUUCAAAGAAAAAGCAAGAGUAAGUAGGAAAUGGUUGAGCUUGGGACUAUUUUAUCACAAAAUAACCUUUGAAUUCUUGGCAUCCUUUGGGAGCUUUUUUGAAGAAAGGACUUCAAGGCUUGUGCCUGUUGCACUCUCUGAAAAAAAAAAAAAAAAAGGGCACAAGACACAUGGGGAAGCUAGAAGGGAGAGAGCUUAGAAAAAAUCUUUCCUAUUUCUAAUUAAUGCCCACAUCUACUAGAGAUAAGCAGGACAAUCCUUCAGAAAGAUACCUAAAUUUAAGCCAAACAUUGGUCAUACUCAACUAACCAAAACAGUGUAACUGCCCUGCAUAUUUUAUGGAUUUAAGGUAUCUGCUGUAAUAAAAAAGCAGGAAAGACAUUGAGGGCUUGCACAUGAGAUUUCUUAAUCUAAGGUUCUUAGUUCAGAUUAUUAUUAUUAGCUAUUUCUAAAAUGAUAGUCAUAUGCCUUAGGUAAAUUUAGAAGGACAUCAAAUCCUUCCACGAACAGACAGAAUUAUCAUACCCAGAGGCAGAUGAAGAAUUUUCACUGGUGUUAAGUACCUAGGAAGAAAGCCCCUGUCAAGCCUGGUUAAUACUGAUAAUCAGUGAUUUGAAGGAACCGCAUACUUUGAUGUGUGCAUAUGUGUGUCUGCUGUCUUCUCUCUGCAUACCAUGCUAUUCAUGAUUGUGGCCAACAAUGUAUUUCCAUUAUCAGAACCUUAAGCAAAAACACUUUGGAGGUUUAAAAGGUUGAAGACUGUUUUUAGUUUGAUAAUGCUUAAAAUACUUUUUAGUUUUAGUAGAUAGCUGUAGGUCUCCAUCACUUAAUUUUCGUCAGUCACCAAACAUGCACUUUUCUUCAUAAACUUGGGGAAGCAAUUUAAUUGGAAACUGUAGUUCUUAGGGAGCUGUUCUGCCUCAGUUUUCCAGCUCAAAGACGACCCAUCCUUUCACUGACUCAUUAUAAAUACAAUGUUGUUUUUAUUUCCUGGUGCUAAUACUCCUGAAAGCUCCCUUGCUGAGGUAGGCCAGCAACAAUAAUCAGUACUUUUGAUUGGAUUUUCUCUGGAGAUAACUUCUGCUUGGAAAAAGUGGCAACACUGUUCAAAUAACAUCUGUUUCCUCCUUCGUAAAGAGAGGGGAAACACAGCAUUGUGUCAGUAGUCAGGAUCAAAAUGUAAUUAGGAAAGAGGAGGAAAACACAAUUGUUCGGCAAAAAUAGAAACAAACUUCUAUGGUUGAUGAAAUAUUUGUCUUUUUUUCCCCAAAUUUCUCUUAAGGCUUAAAGGGCAGAAGGAACUGUUGUGUUUGCAGGAUAAAAUGACAACCUUAUCUCUCUGCACAAUGCUGGUCUUUAAAUAAUGACAAAUAAGCAGAACUGAGGCUAAUUUACAUUCACUGUUGAAAGAAACUGGAAAUACUGCUCCAGUAUUACUAGCUGAAUUAUCUCUAUACCUAUGAAGGUAACUUUGUGAGACAGCCUAUCUUGUUUCUGAUUUGCCCCAUAGUUUUGUGACUGGAAUGUGUCGGAGACUGCAUCAUGGGUGCUUCACAGUGGCAGGGUGGUCUCUCACCUCUCAGUUGUCACUUUGGGUAAAGGUUUUGGAGCUGGUCAUAAAGAGAAUAUGUCGAAAACCCUUUGGGGAGAUCUCACUGUGCUAUGAAUUGAACCAAGCAGAGGCUUUAAGAAGUUCAGAUAUUGAGGAAGAGCCAUGAAGAACAUGCGUGCCAUAGAAAGUCACUGUGGGGACCCUUGACAUAAGUAGGUUGAAAGCUCUUUUGUGCAAGGCUGAAGACUCUCAAGGCUGGAGGGAAGGGCCCACCAUGAGAAUUUGUUUCUGGGGAAAGGAAAACUGAGAGGAGAGCUUGAAGAGUUCAGCUAUUUCUCUUGCACAACCCAUUGUUAUCUGAGAUGACUGCACCCAGCAUUUGGGAAGCCUCAGAGCCAGCUCCCAAACCUGUGUUGUCUGCACCAUCUCUGCUCUUUCCCAGUGUCAAACACUGGGAAAAAGGGUGCCAAAUGCUUCCAGCUUGAAUUUAUGGCUGGGGAGGCCCCUGCUCAGAGGUCCUGUGAGGAAUUCCCAGGCUGACAGGAGAGCUGAUGGCAUUUGACACAUUCCUUAGUUUCUUCUUUGGCAUGUGAGUAUGCUUGUGAGCGAGAGAAAGAGAUAACUGGGUUAGGGUCACUUCAUCGUUCUGCUCUUCAUCUCCUGGAAUUGGCUGCAGGCUGCUGUGAGAUGUAAAGCAUGCUGCAGCCUUGUGCAGAUACUGUAAGGGGAGUCCUGUGGGCUUGCUGAAUUCCUGGGAUAACUGCUGAGAUCUCUGCACCUCGUGCUUCAGAUCAUGCUGCCCGUCCUCAGAGAAUUGGGGUGGUGUAGCUCUAUGGCCUGCCAGACCAAGGCUGUGUGAGUCUCUCAAGUUUCAGAUGGUCUCCCCCCCACUCCUUUUAUUUAGCCUUUACUUGCCCUUCUCAAGGUCUAAUUUCAUUCCACCAACGUGAUAGGACUGGAAGGACUGCACAGGAGUUUUGCUGUGCUGAGCAUGCAACAAGAACAACUACUGCACAGAAGUCUGUGCUUACUCUCAGUGUAUACUGCGUCUCUAGCAUCCCUACAGCUUUUGCAAACCAGUCCAACAGCUUACCAUGUGAGUGCAACUUUAACUUGCGUGUUGUUACCUUGGUGUCCUGCACACCUUCUGCCUGCCCUUUGCUGCCUGCUGAAAUGUGCAUAGUGAGUUCAGUAAAGAGACCAAGCCUUCUAUGAGGCCUGUAGAGUUAUGCUGUUGAGAGUUACUUUGGAUGUUUUCUACAGGGAACAGAAAGCCCUGAGCAUAGUAGGUACAACAUUGUUGAUUUUGGUUCCCUUUACCUGAAUUAACUUUUUUUGUUGCUGCCUUUGCUUGAUCUCAUGAAGUCCUCGCAGGAUUUCAUUUAGGGGGUUGAGGUAGAGAUGAGCUAUAGGUCUUCUGUGGCUCAACGGAUGAACUGUCAUGCAAGCGAGAAUUACUUCUGCUUCUUUCCCUUCCCAGCAUUGUGUUCUCCCCAUGACAAGUUCAGCUUCCGCUGGCACAAGAUCCACUUACAGGCUUUGAAACUGGAUUCCCUGACUGGUGGUAACCCAUGCAACAUGCAAUGGCUGGUGCAGUAGAUUAGUUUACCACUCACCUGUUUGCACAUCAAUUGCUUUGCCACUUGGAAUGAAAAUUGAUGAUGAAUGUAUCUGAAUGAAGCAGAUUUCACUUUCAAUAAAGAAAACAGGACUGCUGACUUAUGAUGACCACAAGCUGAAGUUUGCUGAGUGAUCCUUUUUAUAAGGUAGGUUAUACAACAAAGUAGUGGGAGAAAAUUUCUUAAUUCCGUAACGGAUCAAUGUUGGAGAACUCCGAGGGAGGGCUUCAGGAGCCAGUGUGGGCAUGGCAGAGGAGCAAGAAGGCUUUGCACCUAGAGAUGGCUCACCACACUCUUUAGUUCUAUAUAUAAACCAUAUUUGUAGGCAACAGCCCUAGCCUGUCACUCUGUGUUAAUUUUUUUUUUCAUAUAAUACACAACCCAAUUGUCUGGGUGCAUUCUGCUCUUCACUUCUGGGCUAAGGAAGAUAAAGGGAGUUGUUCUGGGGAUGGGAGAAGGGUUUCAAUCCCUUGUGAUGAGGGAGAAACGAUCCUGGCACUGAGUCAGUGCUGUGGCUGUGUCUUCUCAAUGAGACAGGCUCUGAUGGAGCAGUGCAAAAUCCUCUCAUCAUCCCUACUUUUCAGUGAGCCAGGGGACUCAGGCUGCAGGCCAGCUGAGCAUGGCAGACGAAAGACCCAUCUGCUCAGCCACGUGUAUGUGGGUAAAAUAAAACACACUCUGCUGUCACUGUCAACAAGCGUGAUUUAUCAUUAGGACCACGACAGCCAGGAAAGUGCCUUUUCGUUUUCUUGGAAAACAUGCACUGUACUGCAACACUGGUGAGUUCCAGAAGCAUUGCUUUUAUUUGGCUUUUUGAAAGAGCUUUUGGGAGUUUUUUGUUCUUUGUUUUUUCCCCAGAAAAGCUUAUGCUUCACAAUGAAGCAAUGGUCUGUGGUUACUGGAGCUUUUGGUUACUGAUUGUAGGCACACUACAAUCAGAUGCUGAGCUUACAAGUUUAAUAGUUUACCAGAAGCUCUUGAGCCACAGAGGAGGUAGCUACACAUGCAGGUUGAUAAGCUCUACCAUUUGGGUUUGUCCAGCUCUUCUUGGACCUUUUUUUUUUUUUUUCUAAACCCAAAACUCUCUGCAGAAUGCUAUACCAAGGUUGCUAUCAAUGCAAGAAACUGGACUGUGUAUUUUGGUGUUAUGCACUGUGAAAACUGUUGCAGUCUUCACUUCCAGAAUUACCAGCUAAAUCAUGGACAAGUAGGAUUAAGUAGUUUAAGAGCUGUGCAUAAAACAAGCUGCACGUGUACGGAAUAGUUUAAAAGCUGCUGUAUGCAACAGCUAGAACUGUAUGUCUGUUUCUGACAUGAGAUCAGCUAAUAGAGCAAAACGGUUUUUACACCUGUUGAUGUACGGAAUAAGACAAUCCAGUUCAUAGCUGAGAAAGGAGGAAUGAUCAGCUAGCAAUAUCAGAAAGAAAUGCUUAUUUUUGGAAAGCUGGCUGUCACUAGUCAAGCCUUAUUUCAUUCAAGCUAAAGCAAGGAAACCUUGUUUGCUAUGUUCUACAGGUACUGUGAAAAGAAAAAAAAAAUGAGAUAAGAACUUCAUGCUCCAGUGGGAUUUAACAUCAAACAAUGGCAGAGCAUGAAGAGAGGAAAUAAUGCUGCCUUCUUCCAGGCUGAACAAACAGUUCUGUCUCUGCUCUGCAGCUGAAGAGGACCACUAAGAUUUGCUUUAAUUAAGCUCUGUCACAAGAGGGCUACUAGGAGCCUUUAUUCUACAGCAAAGAGCACGAGUGAGGAAAGAGGCAACCGUAAAACAUGAACAACCUGCUUUGCACUCAGAAAGAAAGGGGCAAGAAAGUAGAAGAUUGCAGUCUGGUGUUCUAGUGAAAGGCUUCCAAAGGAGCUUCUUGAGAAUCUGACUGCAGCUCGUAAUUGCAAGUCCUUAGCGGGAGCACAUAAAAGUAAGUAGUGCUUGUUGGCAGCCUCCAUUCCUUUCAAAUGACCACUCUGGAAUACAAGUCCUUGUUUGUGUGAUAUGAGACUUUUACCUCUUUGAAUCUUUGAAACUCAGGUGUUUUUUCACUUCUAAACUCUGUUGCUACCUCCCCAGUCCCCCCCCUUUUAAAAAAAAGAUUUAAAUGCUGUUUUGCAUUCAUAGCAUCUUUCUAAAUAUCCCAAAGUAUCCAACCAUUUAAGCUCUAUAGAAUCAUCCUCCACUUAAGUAAUAAACAGAAAAUAACAAGACUGAUACAACUUUCAUGAUUAUAUAAGAGUUGUCAUGCAGUCUGAAGACUGUCGUUUGUGGUUCCAUCUAUCAAAGAUGAUCUAUAUUACAUAUUUGAAGUUAGGCAAGAACAAGACUAUCUAAAGUAUAUAGAUAUCAGACUACUUUCCUGAGGUCAUAUGAGAGAUCACUGACAAACUUGAAUCUCCUUUAAUUCUCAUCAAAUUUAAGAGCAAAAAUUUGGUGAGAAUUCACCAACUCCACAUUCUAAUCUUUCUAAUUUGUUCCAGACAAAUUUUAGUCCAAAAAAAAGAACUGAAAAUGUUUAAAGUGUAGCCUGUGGAUAAUAGCAAUUUAUCUUACCUCCACAGUUAUAGAGAAUUUUCUUCAGAUUUGGAUUGAUAUGGAAGUUGUUAACUGUUAAAUAUAAAUUCAUAUAUCAGGUUUACUAUAGAAUGUGAAGUGUAUUCUGAGUCCCCCUAUAUUGUUUGAUCACUUCUGAGGGCUUCUAGUGUACUGUUCCGAACUAGCAGAAAAAUCGUGUAAAUAUACUUACACAGCCUUAAUAUUCAUCCUUGCUGAAAGCUGCUCAGAAUACAAUGAUGCCUCUCUAAUCAGAAAAAUCAGAGGGUAAGAAACAGUGAAGAGCAACAUUAUCAAAACCCUGCACAGUACCUUGCAUCUCAUGCUCUUCUGAAAUCAUCUGCCUGUCCUGUUCCCCUACUCCUUGGGGGAUUUAAAAAAAAAAAAAAACCACCAGAAGUUCUGAAACCCUGCUCCACUAGAAAAAUUGACUAUCUACCCUGAAGCCUGAAAGGCAACAGUUGAAGAGUAUUACAGUACCUUAGUAGAUGCAGUUUUCUGACUGAUAACUCAGAAAGAGGUAUCCAUCAUCCAGACAAAGUGCUUUUACCUUAACAUGAUUUGGUACUUAAUUGGGUAAGGCUCCCUGUGUUAUUUGUCACAUAGUAGACUUCAGGAAGGAUGAAUGCCCAAUUGAUAAUCUUUGGCACACGUCUAUAAAUAACUCUGACAGACCUAUCUUAAAUGUACCAUAUGGAGUUUGCAGAUCAUCAAUUGAAAUAAUGGAGUUUAUAGAGUAAGCUAACUUAAUACCUGAAUUACUAGAAGAGAUAUUUGUUUUUAUUAAAUAACAGCUGUUGCAUUGAAGUAAGAAUAGUAAGAAACGUAACCCAUUAGAUUUCUAUGCAAAGGCCACAGAGUAAAUCAGCAAGUAAAGCAUGAUUCUGUUCUCCAGCAAUGAGGAGAAUGAGCUAGGCAUCCUUGGUUCAGGGCUUCAUUUCCACCCUGUUCUUGUAUUUAAGACAGUGCUCUAAUGUUCAGCGUUAAGGUUUCAGAAAAGGAUGUGGAAAAUACCUUAGGCCUGGAACUUUGGCAUCUCUUAGAAUGAAAAGCCUAGAUUUCUGAAAACUCAUUUUCUGAAAGGGUAUGCCAAUACAGCUACAGUACAUUAAAUACACAGUUUAUAAGCUCACAGUUAUAUACAGAACUAAAGUUGUAUUAAGUUCUCAUUAGUCUCACUCCUUACAAAAAAAAAAAAAAAAAAAAAGACAAAACAUGAAAAA